AUGACUAACCCUGUAUGCAAACACAGGACACUACUUGAUAAACAAAAGAAAAAGAGAAUCACUAGAAACAUUGAAAAUUCAAGAAGAACGUAUACCAUGAAUUACUCGUUUACUGUUAAUGGGGAAAAAAGGCAAGUAUGUCGGGCCCUUUUUAUGGCUACACUGAAUGUAACAGAUGCAUUUAUGCGCGGAGCUGUGGCAAAGCUUUCUUCUAGCGGCAUAGUUGAAAAAGAAAAUCGCGGAAAGCAUGUCCCACAUAAUAAAUUGAAAGAUGAUGACGAACUGCUGAUUCGUGAGCACAUUCUAUCGUUUCCAGCGUUGGAGUCGCAUUACUGUAGGGCCUCUAGUACCAAAAGGUAUUUGGAUUCUGCACUAAACGUCUGUAUUAUGUACAAAUUGUACAAAUUAAAGUGCUCCGAAUUAAAUGUCCAUCCAGUUUCUUUCGAAAAAUAUCAACGAGUGUUAAGAACUUAUAACUUGGGGUUCCAUAAACCCAAAAAAGACCACUGUAAAAAGUGCUUAAAAUAUACGAAUUUGACAGAGGAGGAAAAAAUAACACACGAACAGGCUCAUCACGAACACAUGCUAAGGAAGCAAUUAGCUCGUGAGGCUAGAGACGAAGACAAAGAAAUUUCAAAGAAUAAUCCAGAGGUAAUAUCGUUUAACUUUGACCUCGAAGCAGUGCUUACGAGUCCAAAGGGUCUAACAGGACAAAUAUUUUACCUACGAAAAUUGGCUAUUUACAACCUGACUCUCUACAACUUAGGGAAUCAGGAUGGAAUCUGCUACCUUUGGGACGAAACCCAAGGAAAAAGGGGGCCAAACAAGAUAUCCUCGUGUAUUUAA